GAGCCAGAGGAGGAGCCACGCAGCAAGUAAAGACAAAUGCCCGGGGUGCCAUGGGACAUGGUGGUGGAUGGGGCAGGGGCAUGGUGGGCGUCGUAGCGGGCUUGGUAGCGGGCGUGGGUAGUGGGCGUAGCAGUGGGCGUAGCAGUGGGCGUGGUAUUUGGUAUUGGCCGUGGUGGGCGUGGACAUGGGAUGGGCGGGAUGGAGACGGGGCGGGCACUACUUACCUUUGGACCUUGCUGCUGUCUCCUCUCUGCGGUCUGAGUCCUGAGUCUGAGGUUUGCGCUCUGUGCUCUGCUUCUGCAUCUGUCUCUGCUUCUUGGUGCCAACUAGGGGGGGGUUUGCGACUCCUAGUGGUGUGGCUCAGGGUGGUUGCUUCCGCGCCCUCUCCUCCCAACGCGCUCACGGACGUUGACCCGAGCAACGUACAGCAAAGUGCUGCAGGACCCUUGCGAGGUGUUCGUUGGAGGCUGCGGGACGUACGAUGGAGGUAGGUACGAU